AUGUCAGAAUCGCAGCGUCUGAUUCGCCAAGAUUGUGCCACACUUUGCUUCGACUCAGACCCUGGCCUGCGUCUAGGCCUUGCGGCGAUGCAUCGAGAUUGGCGCGUCCGUAUCGCCGAUCUGGCCAAGCCUUCCUCAGUACUUAACAUGGCGGCUUUUCUUCGACUCAGCUCAGCGCGUUGUUCGGCGUUCAUGGCCGGUUGGGCGUGUGGAGGAAUGACUACUGCCGCUGUACGACGUCCCACAAACCAACUCACACUCGCACAAAGCAUAUUGCACACUGUCCACCAUCGUACAUCACCAUCGAGGCACAACAUGGAUCCUGGAAAUACAGCGCCAUCAAUACAGCCCUGCAAUCAAGCUCACUCGGUCCCAGACGACGAUGAGCUCGAUUCGACGUCGUCCACACCGCUCGCUGACCGCAGCGGCACCCAAACCCCGGCACUAGUCCCUUCCACGCGUACAGCCCAGGCACCUGCCCCUGUCAGCGACGAGCUGGAACGCUUCCGAUCCGAAUGGAGGAAAGAGGUCGAGGCAAGGGGCCAUCCCAUCUACGCUCAACCACCAUCCUCGUCAUCACCGCACGAUCCUAGAUCAUCUGCCCAGCCCCCACCCUCCUCAUCGCGCCCUGUACGAGCGGAGCAGUCGAGCACAUCACGUUUGGCUGAUGCACAGGAUGCGCAUCAAGGUCAGACCUUUGAAGAACAGCCAUCUGAUCAGCACAGCGACGAUCUGUCGCAUCACGAUGAUGCAUUGCCAGCAUUCCCCGAGGCCGAGAUCUACGCUCCUGCCGCACUCAAAUACUCCAAGGGCGCGCACAAGAUUCCUCGACCGUCCACUCAGCUGACCCCGAACGACCUGCCAGCUCCACUCGUCCCAGCCGAGUAUAUCCCUGCGCCACUCGAUCCCUCUUCGUCUUCGCCACGACCCUCAACAAGCUCCGUAGCUCAUGGCGUCUCCUAUGCGCUGCGUGAUCGGAUCCGUGCAGGAGGACCUGCAACCACAUCUAUUUCAAGCUCUGCAUCCCUCGCAACCGAUGCAAAGUCCUCCACUCAACCGCAACUGCCUUCACGCCCGUCUCACGCGCCACGAAUCAUGGCCACACCACAUGCACCCGCGCAUGCAAGCCAGUCAACCCAGGCUGGUAUGCGCAGCGCUGUCGAGGCGUACGCACAUGCAGUCGAAAUGGAGCGCAGCGGCCAGCUCGACCAAGCGCUAACAUCUUAUCGCCGUGCUUUCAAGCUCAACAGCAAUGCCGACCGACUCUAUCAUCGUGCCCACCUCCUCCUCACCGACCCGUCUCUAGCAAACACCUCGAAGCAUCAGAACGACGCCCUCUUGUCUAGUCCUGCCAUUGCUGACAAGGUGCGCAAGGCACUCGACUUUGACGAUCAUCGCUACGUCGCCAUCAAGGAGAGGCAGGCAAAGGAAGCCGAAGCUCGAGCAAGGGGGGAGCCGCUCUCCCCGCUCGAUUCCAAAUCGGGCCCAGCAACCGCAACUGCCGCAACAGCAGACGCAACAGACAAACCGCCAAAAGUGCUCGAGUCGCGUCCCGAUGAGCUGGCCAAGCUCCUGGACAACCUUUCCUUAGAUGGCGGUGGUGAGAGGGACUUUGGACUCGUCGCGUUCGAGCCCGAGGAUGAAGAGAAGCAGAUGCCCAUCGCCAGACUCCCAGACGAGGUGCUUUUGCAUAUACUCAAAAUGGUCAUUGCCCCCAGAGGUAAGAGAGGAGCAAAAGUGGUCAAGCCAAAGCCAACGCCAGAGGAACAGGCUGCGCUCGAUGCAGCUACAGCCACCUUGACCGGGCGUCUCGGCGUCAGACCAGGUGCCGUCGCAAAAGGCGAGACACAAAGUGCGAGCAAGGCAGGCUCUGUCGCUACUGCAACGGCCACGGGGAUUGCAGCGAAAGGCGUCAAGAUAACUGCAGACGCCGCACAAGCAGCAAGCGGGAAAGACAUCUCGUCCAACAUUGCCGCGUCCGAAAUACCCGCAAGCGGAGAGAAAGCAUCCACGGACAGCAACCAAGCUGGCAUCAUCACUGCAACACGCAAGCAACCACUCGGCAUCGGUGUUGUCCUAGGUGGAUCCGACUGGCAGUCGCUCGAGAUCGUUGGUCGCACCUGUUGGAAGCUGCGUCUGCUCACCAAAUCGCCCUCUCUCUGGCGAGAGAUCGUGCGUGAGACCUACUAUCCACCCCUCCUCGAUCCUGGCCUUAGCCUCACCACGCUAUACGAGCGCAACCACUCAGACUGGCGCACCGCCUUUAUCAACCAACCGCGUGUGCGUCUCAACGGCUGCUACAUCGCUGCUUGCCACUACGCGCGUCCUGGUCUCUCGGAGGAUGCGUGGGUACGGGUCAUCCACGUGGUCGAAUUCUACCGGUCCAUCCGCUUCCUGCCUGACGGUACGGCCUUGUCGUUGCUCACCACCGAUUCACCAUCCGAGACUGUUCGGAGGCUGGAACCUGCACUCAAAGCGAAAGGGUUCGCAAAGGGCAGAUGGGAGCUGUUCGAACACGGUUUGGAGGAUGACGAGGAGGAAGGUCGACCGCGAGGCCCCAAAGUGGUGGUGGAGGAUCUGAGGGACAGGAGCAUGCACAAGUAUGCCUUCAGGAUGAUGUUUGGUUUGAGGAGCACCACGAGGGGCAGGUGGAACAAGUUGGAUCUGUUGGAGUAUUACAGCGUGAACCUAACCAAUGGCGAGGUUCUGCCGCUGCCGCAGAAGCAUUCGAGGCCAUUUCACUUUUCUAGAGUCUUAGCUUAUGGUGUAUGA